GAAAAACAAAAUCCCUAAUGCCGUUGUUUCCGCCCCGCCGCCAUUUGUUCAUUUGUUCAUCAAUAAUUGACCCUUUUUGCCUUUACACUGCCUCCUUGUCAAUCUCCAUAUAGUCUAGUCCUUUUACUCUAAUUCCCAUUGAAUUUUUCUCGAAUACACAUACACUCCAUACAGCCUUGACCACUGGACACUGGACUGAUCGCACUCUCCCAUUUUCCCACCUGGCACCCCGCCAUGCCUUGCGUUGUCCCCAGAAUCACCUUAUCAAUCUGAACCAUCACAUCGUCACAUUGUCACCUCACAUAACCGACUGAUUGACACCAAAUUGCCCACGCCUAUCGCCCCUCUUCAUGGAUCCAGAAGCAACCGUCGGUGCGGCCCCCUCGGAGCCGCCUCAGCUCCCUUACUCGUUGCGCACCAGGAAAAAGUCGAUUGCCUUCUUCUGGACCAUUUUUGUUAUUGAUACCAUGGCCCAGCCGCUCAUCCUAUAUUGGUGUCUGUGGUAUCUUACCGACCUGUCUCAUAACGUAGUCUUUAGUAUUGUGACUGCCUCCUUGGGAGGUGUCUCUGUGUUUGAAUACUUCUAUCGAUUAUAUAACCUCUUCCGCAAAGAUUCCCGCGCCCGGCCGCUUAAUGCACAGAAAGGAUGGCUAGACUUUUUCCACAUCAACUUCACCAUUGUAUGGUUGAUCCUCGCGAUCGAAUUAAUUAUUGGAACUGUGCCACAAGAGCCAUAUGUGCGUCUCGUGGCCAUGGUUCUCCCAACCGUUAUGUUCUACUUUGGUGGUGUUUACCUCACUCUUGAUAUUUUGCGCGUCUGCGGAGUGAAAGCACCCUUCCGAAUCUCCUCCACUCCGAAAGGCUCGACGAUGCCUACCGCCUUAUACGUGCUUAUCGAGGAUGUGGUCGCAGUCGAUGGAGGAGGCGGACAGAUCUAUCGAUAUGCUCUCCGCACGCGGUACCUUUCCAGCCCAUACUUCCGUCGGAUGUUGUUCCAAAUGAACUGCUUCUGGGCCGGUGGCUCCGUUGUAUGCGCCGCUGCGAUCACUGCGAUCAUCUUCACUGUCAAGGAGUCGGUCGCCUAUACUCUGGGCUGGACCCUUCCAUUCGCUUGGGCUGUAGUCUGGACUUUGAUUACCAUACCCUGGGUGCAGAGCGAUCUCCGACGCGAAAGACAGUCCUGGGGCACUUGCCAUGGGGAGGGAGGCAUUGCGUAUACCGAUGACCCGAAUGCGCCGUCUGCCCGGACGCGACUCGAGAGUGUCCAUGACCGUUUGCCAAACAUCUUCCCGUGGGGCCGUGGGGAAAAGCAGUCCGCACCAUCCACUCCAUCUGCUCACUCCUGA